UCGCACACUCCGAUCCAGUCCCGCAACAGGCUCCCGCCAAUUCUGAGCGGGGAGCGCGAGGGGAGUCUGGCCGCCGGGGAUGAGACUGGUCUGAAACGGCUGGACCGGGAUUACACAGGGGAAAAAAACAGAACCAACCGCUCUAAAAGUAACAGAAACCCAUCAAAUUCGCAGUCGACACGUUAAUGUUAUACAUGGAAAAGACGUGCAGUCGAUGACUAGCCUUAUAAGGAGCUUUGUACGGAGUCCAAAAAGCGCUGCCCGUUUCCGUUUAACGUUUCCAGCGCGAGGAGUUGAAGGGCGCGGGGAUGGUGGUCGUGAUGCUCGCGGCCGAAGAGCCUCUGGCCUCCACACCACGAAGAGGCAUGGAUUGUGUGGGCAAAGCUAAUACCAGCAAGAAGCUUGUUCAAGCACGUCUACCUUUCAAAAGGCUUAACCCAGAAACCAAGGAAUGCAGUGAGCCCAAAAGAACCAAAGGUCCUGUUGUCCCCAAGUAUUCUGAACCCAGUGCGUUGGAUGGAGAAAAUGAUGGGGACAGUUCCUCCACCCCGCUGCACCAUGGCCCAGCUCUGGUAAAUGGUCGUGGACCACUUGAUUGCUUCAUGAGCAGGCGGAAGCAUUCCCCGGUCUGCUCUGGCCCUGAAACAAUAGACCUUACUGAAGACUCAAAUGAUGCUGUCAAACAGCAGCCUGCACCUCCAGUUGCUGCCACCUGCCCCCUUAGCGAAGAAACAACGAAGGAUGCAGAACAUGCCACAAAAUCUUGUGCUGCCACCUGCCCCCUUAGCGAAGAAACAACGAAGAAUGCAGAACAUGCCACAAAAUCUACAGAACCAACCACCCCACUGACAAAAAAAGAUACUGAGAAGGACGAAGAUGCCCUCCCACUGCUGGACAUUGCUCAAGAGUCUGACACUGAGGAAGAAGAGCAGCAGGAGACUGAAGUCAGUCACGGGAAUGAGUCUGUGCUGUCGACCGAGUCUACCAGCUCUCUCUCAGUGGUAGAGAGCUCACCAGAGCCCAGCAGGAGCGCUCCCUCCACCCCUGCCUCUACGUCACGGAUAAACGCAGCUAGUAAAAUGAAGAGACGAUCCCUUAAGAGUGUCCAAGAGCAGGAGGAGAAGCAACGACAAAAGGAAGAGAAAGAACGCCAGAAAGAAGAGGCCAAAGCUGCCAAGGAAAUGAAGAAAGAGGAGGCCCGCAAGCUAAAGGAAGAGAAGGAGAGGGAGAAAAAAGAAAAGAAGGAGACGGAUGAAAAGGAGCGACGAGAAAAAAAGGAGAGGGAGGAGAAGGAAAAGGCAGAGAAACUAAGAGCUAAAGAAGAGCAGCGGCAAAUUAAAAUUGAGGCCAAACUGGAAGAGAAAAGAAAGAAAGCGGAGGAAAAACGAUUGAAGGAAGAGAAAGAUCGAAUCAAAGCUGAGAAGGCUGAGAUUACACGCUUUCUACAGAAGCCCAAGACCCAGUUGGCACCAAAGACUCUGGCGUCUGCCUGUGGGAAAUUUGCUCCUUUUGAGAUUAAAGCUAACAUGUCUCUGGCACCACUGACUCGAGUACAAUGUGAAGACUCCGUUCUAGAGGAGCUGGACCAUUAUCUUGCCCAACCUGACAGCACUCUAAAUGGACUGAAGGACUGGACAAGGCAUAAACCUCGCCGUUCAGGUCCAACCCAGCCCAGUCACAGUGCUGUAAGAGAUUGUGUGGUCAUAACUGACAGUCAAAAGGCAGAUGGCGUCCCAGACCGCCACCGUUAUGGCCGCAUGAAACUCCUGCAAUUCCAUGACAACUAUCGUCCAGCUUACUGGGGGACCUGGUGUAAAAAGAGCACUCUCAUCUCUCCACGCUGCCCACUGAGACAACACAAGGGCCUGCUGGAUUAUGAGGUGGACAGUGAUGAAGAGUGGGAGGAAGAGGAGCCGGGAGAGUCUCUGUCACACAGUGAGGGGGAUGAUGACGAUGAAGGAGGAGAUGAUGACGACGAUGAUGAUGGGUUCUUUGUGCCCCACGGUUAUCUGUCAGAAGGGGAAGGAGCACUUGAGGAAGACGAGGAGGGUGGAGAUCCAGAGAAACAGAAGGUGCGUCAGAGGAUGAAGGCUCGUGAAUGGGAGAAUGAGCUGAUGUCUAAAGGGAAGGUGAAGGUGUUGGAAUCGGUGGUGCGUGGCUGCCUGUGGGAGGGGGAAGAACCUGGGCUGGACCUCCUGCAACCGUAUGCUAUCUGCAUUCUUGAGCCUUUACCCAGAGACGAGCCCUGUACCCCUGAACAGGAUCUCUCACGCCAACAGAGGAAUGAGAAAUUGCUGUCACAGCUGCUGCCCUUGCUGCAUGGGAAUGUGAACAGCAGUAAAGUCAUAAUCAACGAGUUCCUGGAAUUCUGUCGCCAGCAAACAUCCUCACCCACAGAAAGUCCUCAGAAUUGUAAUGACAAUGUCCCACCCAGGAUCCAAAUCAGGCGUAUCAUAAAGGAGCAUGCCGUGUACGAAAAGCGCUCCACUUACAGACGAUGCUGCUGGUACGUGCAUCCAGAAGUUCUGGCCCGUCAUUCUCAGCAAGCCUUGUCCGUUCCCUGCCAGUGGACCUACCUCACCUCCGGCGCUCAGAUUACCCGCGACGAGCACGCCGGCUCACAGGGCAACUCGCCCACCACGUCCAGUUCCACCACACCCUCCAACAAGAGGAAAAGCGCCAGCAGCCACUCCAUCACGAAGUACAUGAAGAAAUGUGGCUACUCUGAACAGACUGAGACCAUGGAGACCGAUGGCUUCCAAGCAGACACUGAAGAUGAUGAAGACGAUGAUUGCAUCAUCAUUGGGGAACAAUCUGGAUCCUCUGAACAGGAUGCCAACACAUCCUUGCGACAAACCAAGAGAAACACGGAGCCCAUGGACACGAAUGCAUCCGAAACUGCUGCUCUUGCCCUACCCUGCCUUACCCCAGCCACCGCCUGAGAUCUGACCCCUUCUUGUUGGGUUUGCAUGCAUGUGAAGCAGACACUCAAAAUCUGAUCUACAGUUCGAAGGAUCAUACCGUAUUAAAGGUCCCUGGAAUUAAUAAUUUGUUUCCUCUUCUUUAAGUGGAGAUGUGCUAGAUGGUCUACUGCUCUUCUUCAUAGGAGAGGUCCCACUUUUUGAAAGCGUGUAAAGACUCUGCUGGUACAUUCAUCAGCUCUGACACAUCAGGAGGUUGAUGCUGUCUGCUGGGUUCAGCGCUCGGCACCAUUGUUUUAAAUCCUUAAAUUUUUUUCUCUCUCAGAAUACUUGAAAUGGUGUAUGUCUUUCAAAAAUAAUGACAAUUGAAAUAUGUUGCACUUUUAUAUUCCAUUUGCGUUUCUUUUUCUUUUACCCCCAUCUUAACUUCUUUAGCCCACUAGAAGUUUUUCCCUUGUUCCAAGAGGCUUUGUAUAAAAACAGCUUAUGCCAUUUGUUGCCCAGGCUGCCUUAUGUGGUGUAAAUACUAUUUUAGUUUUUUUGAACAAUGGUGUAGAAGCUCAAAUAGUAUGUGGCCAUCUAACGGGAAAAAACAGCGGCAUUGGCAUUUCUUUUGGUGAAGUGUUUUCUUAAUUGUCUCGAAAUAAACUGCGCCGUAGUUUGCUACAAUGGGUUUCCUACAAAGCUUGUUUAAAUAAAGCAUUAUUUAAAAAUGAAUAUUUUUUUAAUAUGCUGUUAACAGACAUUUUCCUUCCAUGUGAUCACAUGUACAAGAGUUACUUUUACAUUUGGUUUUUCACAUACACGCAUCACAUUCGACAAUGCAUUUUAUUUCAUACAUCACAUCAAAUGCAACAGAACACAACAUUUUGAACUUGACAAAAUAAUGUAAAAUACAAGCACUGUUCAUUUUUAAUAUAGCAUGGUUUAAUAAAGGAACAAGCUGGUGACAAUAUUCUUCUGCAACGGAAUCAGUCUAAUACCCAAAGUAUUCACAAAAGCAGGUGCAUUUUUAACUUGACUGUGCAAGGUUUCCGGUGUCAGCCACUUUACAAACACGGUCCAUUGUACUCCAUAAUAUUGCAACCUGGUAUUUGUUAUAUUUUUCAUAAUUAUAAACACUUGUUUGUAACGCAAUAAUUUACCAUUUUACUGCUAGUUAUAAUUUAACCAGCUUCUAAUGAAGCAAAAUUCUUGCAUGUUGAUGGUAAAUGGUUUACUUUUGUGUUUAAAAAUCAGGUGGAGCUUUGAUGCCAUCACAUAGCUUUUCAAAAUAUAUUCAUUUAUUGGUAAAUAUAUUUAUCGUCUAGUGUCUCUGCUGUUUCUCUCCAGAAGUCAUUUUUAACAUAACCAUUUGUAAAUGCAAGGCUUCCGGUGUUUAUCACUUCGUUAUCUUAGCUGUUAUGCUGCUAAAAAUUGCAAACUGAUAUUUAUCAUAUUUUAAUUCAUUAUCAUAACCAUAAACACACGUUUGUAGCACAAACAGUUUUACAGUUUACUGCGCUUUAUUAUUACUCUAUUAUUCUUCUAGUUUAGAUCUAGUGGCUAAUGAAGUGGAAAUCUUGCACAUUCACAGAUAGGCCAGUGUUGCAAACGUGAGGACAACUAGUGCAAAAAAAAUAAAUAAAUGAAAUUUGUCACGUGCACCAUACACUUUGGGCUUUAUUAUACAAGUCAAUUAGCUGACAUGUUGACAAAUCAAAUGAGUGGACAUUUAUCUGCAUUAGGAGGUAGAUUGUUGGAGACCAGAGCUUUUUGUCUAAUUUAAGUUGCGUUGUAACAUUCAUGCGUAGUUUCAUUUAUGUUAAGCAGGAAAUAAAGCACAAAAGACGAUCAGAACUGGGUAGAGCUCAUGUUA